UUUGAUACUUCAUUGUCCAAUGAAGAGUCACUGAAAAAGAUUGCUGAAUGCAUCUCUUUCUCUGCACCUGGUCCCCAUGUGUUCCUGGUUGUGAUCAAGCUGGGAAGAUUCACUGAAGAGGAACAGAAAACUGUGGAGAUGAUUCAGACAUUAUUUGGUGAUGAAGCAUCCAGAUACACCAUGGUUCUCUUCACACAUGGAGAGAGUCUUGAUGAUGACGACGUUGUAACAAUUGAAGAUUAUUUGCUUGAAAAUCCACAUCUUCAGUGUUUGAUUGCCAAAUGUAAUGGAGAGUAUCAGGUCUUCAACAACAAAGAUAAGAAUUGCUCCCAGGUCACUGAGCUGCUUGAGAAGAUAAACAAGAUGGUGAAGAUGAAUGGAGGAAGCCACUACACCACUGAGAUGUUCCAGGAGGCUGAGAGAGCGAUUGAAGAGGAGAAGAACAGGAUCCUGAAAGAGAAUGAAGAGAAGAUACGCAGAGAGGAGGAGAAACUGAAGAUGGAAAAAAUAAAAAUAAAAGCUCUGGAGAAAGUUCUUAAAGAGGAGAAUGAGAGGAUCCUGAGAAAGAACAAAGAGCAACAACUCAGAUAUGAGGAGAAACUGGGGGAAAUGAAAAUAGAAGCUCGGGAGGAAGCAAUUAAAAAGGAGAAAGAGAGGGUCCUGAAAGAGUACGAAGAGCAGAGACUCCGAGAGGAGGAACUGACAGUGGUAUCAUCCAGAAUGUUUGCUGUGGGGGAAGAAAUAAAGACGCUGCCAGAAAAACAUGAAAGAGAGGCUAGAGAUGAAGCUGAACAAUUUUCAAUUUUCAAAUAUUUGGAUUUCAGUGGAAUGUUGGCCCCCGUCUUGAAUAAGUCGCUCAGCUACAUCAGAAGCAAAUGUAAUAUACAAUGAAAAUGUGAAACAGCGGUGUACCAUCUAACAUUGCUUUACUCUACUGAUUAACUUGCUUAGAUAUUCAACUAACUAGCUAUUGAUAAAUCUAGCUAGCUAGCUAUUGAUAAAGAUCUGUACAUUUUCUGACUUUUUUUUUCUUAGUGUCUCUUCAUCUUGCCUGUUCCAGUUCGAUAUUGUAAUGUGGGGUGUCCUCAGAAAUUACCUUUUAGAUUAGGCCUAUAUCAUGUCAUGUGCCAUACAUCUUCUAAAUGCAGGCGGUUGUGGCAAUUACAUUGACUUCUAAUGUAGAGACUCCGAGUUAGAAAAUGGUAUUUCAUACACUGCAGUUGAGAAACAAUAAGAAAAUGAUUCUGCUUUGAAAGCUGAUAAACUUCUACCCCCAUUUUUGAAAA